AGGCUCGCGACGCCGUCCCCCCGGGCCCCGGACCAGGCCGCAGAAAUCGGGAGCCGCGGAGGUACCAAGACCCAGGCCCAGGGCCCACAACAGCAGCGGGGCACGGAAGGUCCCAGCUACGCCAAGAAAGUUGCACUCUGGCUUGCUGGGCUGCUCGGGGCCGGUGGGACCGUGAGCAUUGUCUAUAUCUUCGGAAACAACUCUGUGGAUGAAAAUGGUGCCAAGAUUCCUGAUGAAUUCGACAAUGAUCCCAUUCUGGUACAGCAGCUGCGCCGCACAUACAAAUACUUCAAAGAUUACAGACAGAUGAUCAUCGAGCCCACCAGCCCGUGUCUUCUCCCGGACCCGCUGCGGGAGCCCUACUACCAGCCGCCCUACACGCUGGUCUUGGAGCUCACUGGAGUCCUCCUGCACCCCGAGUGGUCGCUGGCCACUGGCUGGAGGUUCAAGAAGCGCCCAGGCAUCGAGACCUUGUUUCAGCAGCUGGCGCCUUUGUAUGAAAUCGUCAUUUUUACGUCAGAGACGGGCAUGACGGCGUUUCCGCUGAUUGACAGUGUGGACCCUCACGGCUUCAUCUCUUACCGCCUCUUUCGCGACGCCACGAGAUACAUGGACGGACACCACGUUAAGGAUAUCUCGUGCCUGAACCGGGACCCGGCCCGGGUGGUGGUCGUGGACUGCAAGAAGGAGGCCUUCCGCCUACAGCCCUACAACGGUGUCGCCCUGAGGCCCUGGGACGGCAACUCCGAUGACCGGGUCUUGUUGGACCUGUCUGCCUUCCUCAAGACUAUCGCUCUGAACGGCGUGGAGGACGUCCGGACGGUGCUGGAGCACUAUGCCUUGGAGGAGGACCCGCUGGAGGCUUUCAAACAGCGGCAAAGCCGGCUGGAGCAGGAGGAGCAGCAGCGCCUGGCUGAGCUCUCCAGAUCCAGCAAGCAGAACCUCUUCCUCGGCUCGCUCACCAGCCGCCUGUGGCCGCGCGCCAAGCAGCCCUGACUGCUGGGCCACCUCAGACUCUGCCUGGGUCCUGGGCCCUGGUGCUCCCAGACCCAGGCGUGGGCAGCCACAUGGCCAAUAAAGUCCACCCAGACGCCA